UGAUCAAUCAUGAAUGCUAGCAGAAUGAUGAUAAGUCUAGUAAGAUCAUAUGCUAGUCAGAAGAGGUGGAAACUUUAUAGCAAACCAAAAAAUCCUGGGAUACAAAGAAGGUUAGCAGCGCUAGAAAAUGAUCCAGAAAACGACGUAGAAGCAAUCGAAGAUUUGGAUUUAGAGAACUUAGAAUCAGAUUUUAUGAAAGCCCAUCAUUCCUAUGAUGCUCACAAAAAGGACGAGGCCAAGAGUAAAGAGCUACUGAAACUUCGUAUUGUUGCUAGAAAGUACUUCAAGGAUGUGCAACCAAGUUUUUUGACUUAUGUUGAAAAAGAGCAAAUACGGUUUUUACACGACAGCGAUCCAGUGGAAUACACGCCGGAGAAAUUGAGCGAAAGUUUUCCGUCAUUACCUGGCACAAUAAGAAAAGUUCUUCGGGCAAGGUGGACAGCAAAGACAGCGGACCGAGUAUUGAAACACGAUCAACAUGUGAUUGAAAAUUGGAAAAAAUUCAAACUUGGAGAACUACCUUUAGAGCCAAAACUCAGAGAACAUUUGGAAAAAUUUCGUAACAGACAAAUUAGUUUACCACGCAGAGAGGAAAUAGAAGAAAAACUAAUUCCUCCGCCAUACAACUUCCCAAAACCGCAAAGUCAGUUGUAUUCUGGACUUAUAAGAAGUUAUGUUGAUGCAAGAAAAGAUGACAGUUCAAACAAGUGUUUGACUGAAAACAGUGAAAAUGAUUCCAAAAUAGAUUCGAACAUCAAGCACAUGGACCCAAAGUAUUCUGAAGUAAAUUCAAGCAGUAUAAACCUUGGGAAACUUGAGUUUGAUAAAAGAUUUGGAAAAGAAGUAGCCAUCAUCAAAGAUAAGAAAGUUUCACCGACAAGUAACAAGAAAUUUUCAACUUUGGAUGAGUUUUUGAAGACAGCAGUACAGAAUGCAGGUGAUACACCUUCACGGGAAGAUCAGGCUAUCAUGGAGAUAUAUAAGCAGAAUAUUAAUUUGGCGGUGACUUCAAAUAACGAAAUCGACCCUGUAAAAACUUCACAUACUGCUAAUAAACGAUUAUCUCUUGAGAAUACGGAUUACUCAAAUACGAAGAAAUUCGAUUCAAUGAUAUCGAGCAAAAAGGAUACCCAGGUGACGGUAGAACCACCAAAUGAGCCUCAAAGUUUGUAUGCAAUCGAAGAUUCUAAUAAUUUCGCGCUAAAAACUUUUGUGAAGGAACGAAAAAACAAAGUUAGUGAUGAGCUGGAACACUAUCCGGAAACCAUUGUCAUCCCCAAACGGCAACGUAGUAAAGAAAAAGUGUAUCGAUUACGGGACUGCUAUUACGAUUAUGAUGGAGAAUUUCUAUACAGAGUACCUGGCUUAGAUGACUAAUCAAGCCUAAGGAGAAGAAAAAAGCUUGUCAGAAUUUAAUAAUGUGUAUGCUCUAUUUGUGAUGCUUUUAUGAUAGUUACAUAACAGUUUUUUAUUGUAAAUGUAGAAAAAAUAUAUCAGCCACUGAUGAUCAUUGUUA